AUGCGCCGCCACCGCCAUGUGGGGGAUUCCCCUCCUCUGCAUCUUCGUCGUGUCUUCCCUCUUCUAAGCAGCAGUACUAGUAGUAGUAGUAGUAGCAGCAGCAGCAGCAGACAGUACCCAGAGAGGCCCCCCCUGAGGCUUCCUCCUACAAAGAGGGCCCCCCCACAUACAGCAGCAGGUGACUGGCCGCAACGCAUCCUACCGCCAGCAGCAGCAGCAGCCGCACGAGCAGCAGCAGGUGUAGGCCAUCAGCAGCACAAACAGCAGCAGCAGCAGCAGCAGCAGCAACCGCACCGCAGACGAGUUAUCCUGCAGGAAGGCCCCAGGGCUUCGGCAUCAGCAGCAGAGCCCCGUGCUGCUGCCGCUUCUGUUGCAUGCAGGGAGGAAGCAGCAGCUGCAAGAUGCAUUGCAGCAACAAAUAUACAAACUGCAGCAGCAGCAACAACAACAAGCCAGGCUGCAACAACAAAAAGCGUGCAGCUAACACCAGCAGCACGCAGAGGUAGGGGAGAAGCAGAAACACCACCACCGACAGCAAGAAACGCAGCAGCAGCAGCAGCAGCAGCAGCAGCACCAGUAGAUGAAAAGGACGUCCAGGGGAAGGGUAAGCACAUACCAGCAACAGCAACAGCAGCAAAACAAAAUGCAACAGCAGCAGCAAUAUUAUCAGCAGCAGAUAAAACGUUAAGAGUGCAUGCAGAGCCAGCAGCAGCAGCAGCAGGUGCUGCUGCUGCUGCAAGACGCACUUCUGCUGCAGCAUCAGCAAAUGUAUCUGCAGCAAAGAGUCAUGGAGAAAGGGAAGCAACAGUAGCAAAGACUGCUGCUGCUGCUGCUCCCGCUGCUGCUGCUGGUGGCGCUGCAGACACGUCUUCCCGGGUAAGGAAUCCAGCAACGAACAGCACAGCAACAGCAGCAGCAACAACAGCAGCAACAGCAGCAGCAACAGCAGCAGCAACAGCAGCAGCAACAGCAGCAGCAACAGCAGCAGCAACAGCAGCAGCAACAGCAACAGCAACAGCAGCAGAAGCAGGCAAAGCUGCGCCACAGAGAGAGUCUGCGGCAACAGCAAGGCCUGCAGCAUCAAGUGAGUCACCGGCAGCAGCAGCAGCAGCCUGCACCACCGCAGCAGCAGCGAAGACCCCAGUAGCAGCAAACACUUCAGCAGCAGCAGCAGCAAACACUUCAGCAGCAACGGGAGCGAGGCUCGCUACACCUCGUGAGCCAGCAGCAGUAGCAGCAGCAGCACCAGCAGCAGCAGCAACGGCAACAUACCAGGGAACUAAGAGAACGGUCGUGUUAACUAGCAGGCCUCAAUCUGCAGCAGCAGCAACAGCAACAGCAGCAGCAGCAACAACAACAGCAACAGCAGCAGCAGAAGGAAGAGGGAGGCCGCGGGGAGCUCUUGCAAGUGUUGCUGCUGCUGUCUCUGCUGCAGAUGAACAUCGAAGGGAGGGGUCUGCGGUCUCUACGGGUUUGCCUUUUGUAAUUUGCGACUUGAGCAGAUAUAGCAAGGGACAGAUAGGUUUUCGCUGGCGCACUGCAGAGGAAGCUGCUGCGGGGAUCGGGGGUCGCUUUUGUGGGGGCAGCAGCUGCCGCACGCAGAAGAAGCAGAGAGACACUGCAGCAGCUCUGCUGCUGCUGCAGCAGCAAAUUGCUGCUCUACGCAAGGAGAGGGGGUUACCAGAGGAAGACUUCCUUCGUGCUGCUCUGCUGCAGCGCAACAAAGAGAAGGAAGCAGCAAAAGCAAGAGUAAAGGAGCUGCAAGCAGCAGCAGCAGCUACUGCUUCUGAUGCGCGAUCUGCUGCAUUUGCUGCAGCAGCAGGCAAAGCAAACGAAGACCGCAGCAGCAAACGGCUGGCAGACGCUGCUGCACGUGCUGCUGAUCGGGCUGCUGCUGCUGCUGCUGCACUCGAAGAAGCAACCCAGGCAGCUGCAGCAAAGACUGCAGCAGCAGAGGAAGCUGCAGCAGCAGUAGCUGCUGCUGCCCCUGCUAUUGACCUUACCGAAGAUCAUAAGAUGCGCCGCCUCCUAGAGCAGCAGCAGCAGCUACAGCAGCAGCAGCAAGCCCUCGUGCAGUGUCGCGUCUGCGUACGCUGCGCCUUUAAGCUAAAUUAUGAUGCUUUAAGGAAGGAGACACACAGAGAGGAGACAAGGAGACGCCUAGAGAAGCAGCAGCAGCGGCUGCUGCGGCAGCUGCAGCGGCUUGAGAAGAGAAGCAAAUCUGGCAGCCGCAGUCGCAGUCGCAGCAGCAGCAGCAGCAGCAGCAGCAGAUUGCUUACUAGCAAAAAGAAGCAAGAACCGACCCCGCAGCGUUCACGCGCUGUGUGCCAACCUGUAACUGAGACAGAGAUCAUCCGAUGCAGCAGCAGCAGCAGCAGAAGCAGCAGCAGCAGCAGAAGUCGGAGCAGAGGCAACAGCAAAUGCGCCAUUGAGGCGUUAGUAAUCAGCAGCAGCAGCAGCGGCAACAGCAGCGACUCAGAUGCUUCCGUUGUGUACAGAGGGCAGCAGCAAGCUGCAUGCAUCAAGGAGACUUCCCCACAAAGUGCAUCGCCAGCAGCUGCUGCGCAUGCAACAGCAGCCACAGCAUCAAAGGCAGCAGCAGCAGCAGCAGCACCAGGGGUUGCAGCCGCACAGACACCUUCCCGAACGCCUCGCAGCAGAAGUCGCAGCGGGCAGCAGCUGCAGCAGCAGCAAAAAGAGCACCAACAGCAGCAGCAACGGCAGCAGCUGCAGCAACAGCCCCCUCAGAACGACCGCGCAGCAGCGAACCUCCUCUUGGCAGCAGCAGCUCCCCUGUCCUUCAACCUCAAAGCAGCAGCAGCAGCAGCAGCAGCAGCAGCAAAGGCCGAUAUGUUCAAGACAAAGAAACCACCAAAGUUGGUAGCCACGUUGGGGCCAGCUUCAGGCCUGCGCCCCACAGCAGCAGCAGCAGCAACAACAACAGAAACCGCAGCCGCAGCGACAUCAGCAGGAGCCGCAGCAGCAGCAAAUAUCAGGCCCAAAGACGGCGUCGCAGCAGCAGCCGCAGCAGGUAUCCGCAUCAAAGGAGGAGGAGCAGCAGAAGCUGCAGCAAAAGCAACAGCAAAUAUCCGCAUUACAGCAGCAGCAGAUAUCCUCCAGAGAGCAGCAGCAGCAGCAGCAGCAGCAGAUAUAUUCCAUACAACAGCAGCGACACCAGCAGAUACCCCCCUCACAGCAGCAGCAGCAACAGCAGCAGAUUUCCGCCCUACCACUGCAGCGGCGGCGGCAGCAGAUUUCCGCCCUACAACUGCAGCAGCAGCAGCAGAUACCCGCCCUACAGCAACAGCAGCAGAUACCCGCCGGAUAAUAGCAACAGCAACAGCAGAUACCCUCCUGGUAGCAGCAGCAGCAGAUUCCCGCCGUACAGCUGCAGCAGCAGCAGCAGAUAUCCGCCUUACAGCAGCAUCAGCAGCAGCAGCAGACACCCGCCCUACAGCGACAUCAGCAGCAGUAGCAGAUACCCGCCAUACAGCAGCAGCAGCAGCAGCAGGUACCCGCCCUACAGCAGCAGCAGCACCAGGUACCUGCCCUACAGCAGCAGCAGCAGCAGCAGCAGCAGGAAUGGUGGUUGCUUUGGGGCCCUUUGCCGUGGAUAGAAGGGGUACUAGCGCAGGCAGCAAGACAGCAGCAGCACGUCACGGGGACAGAGCCCCCUUCGUGCAGCAGCAACGUACGCAGUUUGCAGCAGCAGCAGCAGCAGCAGGAGACAGCAGGAGGCAGCCAGUGACAUCUGGAGAGCUGCCUCAAGAAGUAGACUGUCCCCACGAUCGUGAUGCAGCAGCAGCAGCUGCUGCUGCUGAUGCGGUUGCUGCUGCAGAGAACGCAGCAGCACAAGAAGCAGCAGCAGCAGCAGCAGAAGAUGAGGCAGUCGUUGCAGCAGCAGACGCAGAAGCUGCUGCUGCUUGCGGUAGCCUUGACUACCACAGGGCCCCAUUAGGUGCCUCUUCCCCCGUGUUGGAGUAG